AUGGCUUCCAACACCACCUACACUCCCAACGAGGAGACCGAGAUCCAGCAAUGGCUCACCACUGCCACUCGUCUCCAGCAGUCCAAGCCUGACGAGGCCUCCCCCAUCCUCGAUACCCUCAACUCCCACCUGAGCACCCGCACCACCCUCCUCGGCACCAAGCCCAGCAAGGCCGAUACCGCCCUCUACUCCGCCGUCCGUCCCCUCGUCGCCUCCUGGUCCCCCGAGCAGCGCACCGGCGAGAAGGGCUACCCCAACAUCGUUCGUCACCUCGACUUUGUCCAGAACUUCCCCGCCUUCGCCGCCGAUGUCAAGGCCGACGACAAGGUCAAGGUUGACCUCGACGAGGUCCUUUACGUGAAGCCACCCGUUGACGCCAAGGCCGAGAAGGAGCGUCUCAAGAAGGAAAAGGCCGCUGCUGCCGCCGCUGGCGGUGCUGCUCCUGAUGACAAGGCUGCUCUGCCCGACCGCACCAAGGAGACCAAGAAGGACAAGAGCGCUGGCGAAAAGGUCAAGGAGGUCGUCGCUGAGGCCAAGGACAAGGUCAAGGCCGCUGUCGGUGCCGGAGAGGGUCAGCCCAAGAAGGAGAAGAAGGCAAAGGCUCCCAAGCCCCAGAAGGCCGCUCCCGCUGCCGCCCCUCUCUCCCCUGCCCUCAUCGACCUCCGUGUCGGACACAUCCUCAAGGCCAUCAAGCACCCCGAAGCCGACUCCCUCUACGUCUCCACCAUUGCCGUCGGUGACGAGCCCAACGAUGACACCACCGAGUACGAGGGCCAGGUCUGCCGCACCGUCUGCUCUGGCCUCAACGGCCUCGUGCCCCUCGAGUCCAUGCAGGGCCGCAAGGUCGUCGUCGUUUGCAACUUGAAGCCCGUCAAGAUGCGCGGCAUCAAGUCGUGCGCCAUGGUCCUGGCCGCUUCCCCCAAGCUCAAGGAGGGCGAGGUCGAUGACCACAAGGGACCCGUCGAGCUCGUCACUCCUCCCGCUGAUGCCAAGGCAGGUGAGCGCAUUAACUUUGAGGGCUGGGAGGGCGAACCCGAGGGUGUGUUGAACCCCAAGAAGAAGAUCUGGGAGACUUUCCAGCCCGGUUUCACCACCACCGACGAUUUGGCCGUUGCCUUCGAUGCUGGUGUCGUUGAGGCUCUCGGAAAGCAGGGUCUUGGCAAGCUCAAGACCAAGUCUGGCGGUCUUUGCACUGUCCCUAGCUUGAAGGAUGCUGUUGUUCGGUAA